GCCCUGCGCCCGCCCUUGCAAGCAGGCGCCUCCCGCCCCCCGCAUUGCUGCUGCUGCUGCUGGCAGACAUGGACGUGGUGAAUCAGUUGGUGGCUGGGGGUCAAUUCCGAGUGGUCAAGGAGCCCCUUGGCUUCGUGAAAGUGCUGCAAUGGGUCUUUGCUAUCUUCGCCUUUGCCACAUGCGGCAGUUACAGUGGGGAGCUCCGGCUGAGCGUGGAGUGUGCCAACAAGACUGAGAGUGACCUCAGCAUCGAGGUGGAAUUCGAGUACCCCUUCAGGCUGCACCAAGUGUAUUUUGAUGCACCCACUUGCCGAGGAGGUACCACCAAAGUCUUCCUGGUAGGCGACUACUCAUCAUCAGCCGAGUUCUUUGUCACAGUGGCUGUGUUUGCCUUCCUGUACUCCAUGGGGGCUCUGGCCACCUACAUCUUUCUGCAGAACAAGUACCGAGAGAACAACAAAGGGCCCAUGCUGGACUUCCUGGCCACGGCAGUGUUCGCCUUCAUGUGGCUGGUUAGCUCAUCAGCAUGGGCUAAGGGUUUGUCAGACGUGAAGACAGCCACUGACCCAGAAAACAUUAUCAAGGAGAUGGUUAUCUGCCGCCAGGCAGGGACUACCUGCAAGGAGCUGAGGGACCCUGUGACCUCUGGCCUCAACACCUCGGUGGUGUUCGGCUUCCUGAACCUGGUGCUUUGGGUGGGCAACCUGUGGUUCGUGUUCAAGGAGACAGGCUGGGCCGCUCCAUUCCUGCGCGCUCCUCCCGGCGCCCCCGAAAAGCAACCCGCGCCUGGGGACGCCUACGGCGAUGCGGGCUACGGGCAGGGCCCCGGCGGGUACGGGCCCCAGGACUCGUACGGGCCCCAGGGCGGCUACCAGCCCGAUUACGGGCAGCCCGCAACCGGCGGUGGCGGUGGCUACGGGCCUCAGGGCGACUAUGGGCAACAAGGCUACGGCCCUCAGGGUGCGCCCACCUCCUUCUCCAAUCAGAUGUAGUCUGGACAAUGCACCCCUGGAGGACCCCAUUGGUAGGCGAGAGCUCAGGAGAAGGCCUGCCCUCCCUUCCCACCCCUAGACCCCAGGUCUCCAUCCCUCAAGUCAGGAGGCCCUUAACCGUCUUUGCUGUUUAUAUAUAUAUAUAUAUAUUAUAUAUAAAUAUUUAUCUGUCUCUGCCCUGUCCCCACUCCACUCCCCUCGUGCAUUAGGGACUGAUCUUGUGUGAGACAUUCUCUUACCCCAAACUCUGCCCCUUUUUCCUUUGGCCCCUCUCUGUUCCCUGGCCCAGAGCCCUAAGGUUGGGAGACUCUGAAAGGGGGGACAUGGAGUGGAGACCUGGGGGAUGUGGGGAGGGCCUGACUUGAGACUUCCUCUUUGCAUCUCUGGCCUUGAUUCUUGCAAUACUGAAACAGGAGACAAGAGAAGAAAUUUAACUCUGAGAUUGGAAGAAAGGCAGAAAUUGGAGAUCUUGGAGCAAAGGGACUAGUGAUCAGAAUGGACAGGGCUCUGGACAUACUGGAGUUAAAGUUUAAAGGAGGAUGCCCUGGAGCAUUCUGGAACAAGUUUGGAAAGAGACUGAGGAUAUGGUUGUAAGAGGAGGUAGCUUUGAAUGAAACAGUAGGUGGGCCCCAGAGUGGGCAGGGAUUGGAGUAGAAUGGGUUGUAACUUGGGGCUUGGACAUAGGGUUCAGAAGAAGGCUGAAGCUU